AUGUCGCAAGCGCCGCUUCAAGCAGUCGAAGUCUUCGGCGCGCACAUUCUGCAGCAACUUCCGCGCUUCCGUUCCAAGUUCAGCGGGGUUCCGGCGUACCCACCGCUGUUUGUGGCGAUGCAGGGUCCACAAGGAUCGGGCAAGACGACGGUCACACGGUCGCUCGUGGCCUACCUCCAAACAGCGGGGCUUACAGUGGGAGUGCUGUCGACGGACGACCUGUAUCACACACACGCAAACCUGCGCAAGGUCGCAGAGGAGAGCCCGGACAACCCGCUGCUCGCUGGUCGUGGCCAGCCAGGUACGCACGACGUCGCACUGGGCUGCAGGAUCCUGGCGAGCAUCUACGUAAUCAAUGCGACGAAGAGGCAUGUAGAGCUGCCAGUAUUUGACAAGAGCCUCUUUGACGGUCAAGGCGAUCGUGCCCCGGGCAGGACAGGGGCAAUUCUCGAAGGCGAUCCCGCGCCCACCGGGCCGAGUUUGAAAGCUCCCCUGGACGUCUUCAUCCUCGAAGGGUGGAGUAUGGGCUUUUCACCCAUUCCACCAGAAGAAGUCACCUCAAAGCGGGAUGCAAGCCCAUCCGACUCCCCUCUGAGGAAGUACACAGUGGAAGCGCUGCACCAGAUCAACCGCAACCUCGAAGCUUAUACAGAGUGGUACCGGAACUUCAGCGUCUUUCUGCAGAUCCGACCGACGAACUUGGACAAUGUGUACAUUUGGAGGACUCAACAGGAGCACGCGAUGAAGGCGAGCAACGGUGGGAUCGGCAUGACGGACGACGGGGUCAAGGCGUUUGUGGACAGAUACAUGCCUGGCUACCAUCUCUUUCUAGAUACGAUUCAGCAAAACUGGCGCUGGAAGGGGAAGAGCAAGAGCAUCACCAUCGAUCUCGAGAGGAGGAUCGUCGACGUGUCCGACUUCUAG